GGCUGGAGCAGGAUCUGUCUUAAGUACAAACGCCCUCAGGAUGGAGCAUGGCCUUGAGCCUGGGGGGAUGCCCUGUCCAGGGAAAGAGCUGAAGACCAAGAUCCUGUUACUUCCUCCUUGCUCACCACUGUCUCAUUCCAUUUCAGGUUCCAGGUGUGGCACAGGGAAAGUUAGUCCACCCUAGGCAGCUGGAGACCAAGAGCAACGUUGCACAUCCAUGCAAUCACAAGUAAGGAUUUUAGCUGCUCUGACUGGUGUGUGGACCAGACAUCAUUCAUCUGCUUCCAAACUGCCUAGUGGCUCUGCUUCCCCUGCCGCCCCUCUUCCUGAAGAGGCUUCCUGGGCUUAGAGAGCACAUUCACUUAGACUUCCAGAAGCUGGAGUCAGGAAAUGGACUCAGUGGCUGUUGAGGAUGUGGCUGUGGACUUUACAGAGGAAGAGUGGGCAUUGCUGGAUCUUUCUCAGAGGCAACUCUACAGGGAUGUGAUGAUGGAAAUCUUCAGAAGUCUGGCCUCAGUAGCUUCUCAAAACCUUAUUGAUGGAGAAAAGCUAUCCACUGAAAAUGUAAUAGUACGAUUCAUGAAAAAUGACACCUGGUUCUCAAUGUUAGAAGUCUGCGAAUUGCAUGGCACUGAAGAGCAGAAUAACAACCAGAAAACACAUGUGAGAAGCCAUAUGUUAGAGAACCUCUGUGAAAGUAAUGAAGAUAAUCAUUGUGGACAGACCUUCAGCCAGAUUCCAAAUUUUUCUGUGCUAAAAAGAACUGCGGAUGCAUAUCCUUCUGAGCGCCUUGAGUGUGGAAAAUCCUUGAUGAAUCAUUCAUCACUUAAACAUCAUAUCACAUCUCACUCUGGAUGCAGUGCCUAUCAGUGUAAAGAAUGUAGAGGAGCCUACAGUUGUCCCUCUUACCUCAGCACUGCUGUGAGAACUCUUACUGAAGAGACAUUCUGUAAACGUAAGGAGUGCGGCAAAGGCUUUCAUCGUUCCUCAAACCUCAGUAUAUAUAUGAAAAUUCACAGUGGAGAGAAGGUCUGUGUAUGUAAGGAAUGUGGGAAAGCCUUUAGUCAGUCCUCAGACCUCACUAUACAUAUGAGAACUCACAGUGGAGAGAUGGUUUAUGUAUGUAAGGAAUGUGGGAAAACCUUUUGUCACUUCUCAAACCUCACUGCACAUAUAAGAACGCACAGUGGAGAGAGUUCUUAUAUAUGUAAUGAACGUAGGAAAGCCUUUUGUUACUCCUCAGAUCUCACUGCACAUAUGAGAAUUCACAGUGGAGAAAGGGUUUAUGAAUGUAAGGAAUGUGGCAAAACCUGUAGUCAGUACUCACACCUCACUUCACAUGUAAGAACUCACAAUGGUGAGAGGCCUUACGAAUGUAAGGAAUGUGGAAAAGCCUUUAGUCGGUCCUCAAACCUCACUGUACAUAUGAGAAAUCACUGUGGAGAGAGAUGCUAUGAAUGUGUGGACUGCGGCAAUGCCUUUCGUUACUCCUCACACCUCACUGUAAAUACUAGAACUCACGGUGGUCAGAGGCCUUAUGAAUGUAAGGAAUGUGGCAAAGCCUUUAGUGACUCCUCAAACCUUAGUACACAUAUAAGAACUCACAGUGGUGAGAGGCCUUUUGAAUGUAAGGAAUGUGGCAAAGCCUUUAGUAACUCCUCAAACCUCACUACACAUAUAAGAACUCACAGUGGUGAGAGGCCUUAUGAAUGUAAGGAAUGUGGCAGAGCGUUUAGUGACUCCUCAAACCUUACUACACAUAAAAGAAUUCACAGUGGUGAGAGGCCUUACAAAUGUAAGGAAUGUGGGAAAGCCUUUAGUCGGUCCUCAUACCUGACUUCACAUAGAAGAACACAUACUGGUGAGAGGCCUUAUGAAUGUAAGGAAUGUGGGAAAGCCUAUAGUCACUCCUCACACCUCCGUGAACAUAUGAGAACUCACUAUGGAGAAAGACCUUACAAAUGUAUGGAAUGUGGGAAAAGCUUUUGUUACUCUUCAAACCACACUAAACAUAUGAGAACUCACAGUGGUAAGAGGCCUUAUGAAUGUAAGGAAUGUGGCAAAGUCUUUAGAUGGUCCUCACACUUCACUGCACAUUUAAGAACUCACGGUGGGAGACCUUAUGAAUGUGGGGAAUGUGGCAAAGCCUUUAGUCGGUCCUCUUACCUCCCUUCACAUAUAAGAACUCACAGCGGUGAGAGGCCUUAUGAAUGUAAGGAAUGUGGCAAAGCCUUUAGUCGGUCCUCUCACCUCACUUCACAUAUAAGAACUCACAGUGGUGAGAGGCCUUAUGAAUGUAAGGAAUGUGGCAAAGCCUUUAGUGACUCCUCAAACCUCAGUUCACAUAUAAGAAUUCACAGUGGUGAGAGGCCUUAUGACUGUAAGGAAUGUGGCAAAGCCUUUAGUCGGUACUCAUACCUGACUUCACAUAGAAGAACACAUAGUGGUGAGAGGCCUUAUGAAUGUAAGGAAUGUGGCAAAGCCUUUUAUCAGUUCUCACAGCUCACUAGACAUGUAAGAAUUCAUAGUGGAGAGAGGCCUUCAGUAAGAAAUGUGGGAAAGGCUUUAGUUAUUCCUCAUCCCUCACUGAAUACAUAAGAAAUCACUCUGGAGAGAAACAUUUUGAAUAUACUAUACAGAAUGUGGGAAAUUUUGUUGUAAUUCCUCAAACCUCACUAAUCAUAAAAAAUUAUGGCUUAGAAAUGCUUUAUAAAUGUAAGGAGUUUGUCCAUG